AUGGUGAGGUCCGACCGAGGCAUAGGUGUCAGGGCGAGAAGCCCAGAUGCAGAGCGGGACCUGGUCGAGUGUUACACCGACUCAGAUUGGGCCGGCGAUCGCAGGAAUCGCAAGUCAACAAGUGCGAUGGCGAUUUUCGUAAACUCUGUGUUCUUGAUGAGUGCCAGUCGGACUCAGAAAGCCCUCUCCCUUAGUUCGUGCGAGGCAGAGUACACCGCAAUGGUGGGAGGAGCUGCUGACAUGCUUUAUGUGGGGGCAGCCGUGGAGUUCCUGUCGAACACUCAGCCCUCCUUGCACUUGUUUUGCGAUUCAUCCAGUGCCCGUCAACUUGCAGCCCGCCGUGGAUGUGGCAAGAUUCGCCACUUGCAGCUGAAGUUGUUGUGGCUCCAAGAGAAGCUUGCCUCUGGAGCAUUUCAGCUACACCCAGUUCCUACCAAGGACAACCUGUCUGACCUGCAAACCAAGUCUUUGAAGGCCGAGCGCCAGCAAUUUCUCCUGUAUCACUACGGGAUGAUUGACGAAAGCAAUGGCGGCAAAGCCAUAGGCGAGAACCUUGUCAGCUAUGAGGACGAAAAAAGGUCCAUACAGCUUGCUGUGAAAGCCAUCCGGAACGUCGGUCGAAGCCAAAGCGGGAUGUCGAGCAUCCUGAGAGUGCUGACGUUACUUGCCACGAUCGAGUCAGCAGGGGCUGUUAGCGCCUUGGGCCUGGUUACCUGUGACCGAGCAGACUCUGUGUUGCCUGGACUUUUCCUGGUUUUCUUGAUAUGCGCUUUCUUCACGGCGUGGAGCAAUGUGAAAGGGUGUAUCUUGAUUGCAGCUUGCUUCAGCGUGUUGACAGCACAGGGAUGCGACACCGAGCAGCCCGAGUACGCAGACCAGAUCGAAGAAUACCUGUCUUGCGAUGAGACUUCAGAUGAGGAUCGCGACCCGAGUGAAACGGCAGAGUCUGACCGACCUGUGUCAGCACAGUCAGAUGAUGGUUGGCAGUGGCAGGACUACCUGGACUGGCUAGCUAAUCUUGACCCAGAGGAGUACCGACAGAUUCAUGCUCUGUCAGAGCCCGAUUCCGAACUAGCCAUGCAUGAUGCCAUACUUGAUGUCGUGCCUGAUGAUGGGGCGACUGCUGCGCCCAGUGCUGGACCUGCCGAGCCUGAAGGACCACUUGUGUACAUUGCCCGACCUCGUGGACGAAGCUUGCACAUCCAUGCCGAGUGUUCUGCCUUGCGCAAGUCGAGGACAAUCAUCACGUGCACACUUGUGGAGGCCCGACAGCGUUUCCCUUUUUAUGCAUGGUGUCAGCUUUGCACUUGA